AUGGCACCAUAUCCAAUUUUGAGCAAAGCCCCUUUCGGCACUCCUUCUGCCGGUGGCGGCUCUGUUGGGUUUAACGCCCCUACUGGCCCCGGCUAUAGGAGUGGGGAUACCGCCCCCGGCGGCUCUAGUGGGAUUAACGGCCCUAAUGGCCCCGGCUAUAGGAGUGGGGGUCCCGGCGGCUAUAAGAGUGGCGAUACUAGCGCUGGCUAUAGAAAUGGAUCUCCACCCGGUAAGCGAGUAGGUGGAGGCGACCCUGGUGCGGCUAUCGUUGUGUUCCCAAAGAAACCUGUACCAACGCCAGUACCAGCAGAAUGCAAACCAAUUGCAGGAUGCGUCACUAAGCAUAUAGCCGGAGGCAACCCCACGGUGCCUCAAUACCAUGGACCAUGUUGUCGGAAAUUAACUGGUUAUCCGAUUCCGACGUACGGAGGUCCCCCGUACUCUCCUGUUCCUACGAGAUGUUUCAACCCACCUUAUUGUCGUCCAUGA